AUGGAAGAAGAGGAGGACCAGGGAGAAAGAGGUGCAGCUAACCCAGGGCUUGUUAUUGUUAAAAGAGAAGAGGAGGAGGAGGAGGAGAGGGACAGAGAGAAGAAGGAUGAAGCGGAGGAGGAAGGUGUGGAUAGGACCAAGCCAGGAGAGGGUGCCAGCUCUGACCCAGACAGCCUAGGGGACCCUGACACUGAGAGACCAUAUCUCUGCUACCAGUGUGGCAAGAGGUUCACUGCAGCCAGCAGCUUGAAGAUACACAUGAUGACCCACAGCGGAGAGAAACCCCACCAGUGUUCCAUUUGCGGGAAGGCCUUCCUGCGAUCCUAUGACCUGAGACGACACCAGGUGGUUCACAAAGGAGAGGGUGCCAGCUCUGACACGGACAGCUCUGAGAAGCUGCACCGCUGCUCCGAGUGCGGAAAGAGGUUCCUCACAAAGACGCGGCUGAACAGACAUGCGCUGAUUCACAGCGGAGAGAAACCACAUCAGUGCUCUGUCUGUGGGAAGUGUUUCUUACGACCCGAUGACCUAAGGAGACACAUGACCAUCCACACCGGAGAGAAAACCAAGCACGUCUGCCAUCCGUGUGGGAAGACCUUCACCUUGCUACGGCACCUCAAGAUCCACCAGCGAGUCCAUACAGGAGAGAAACCAUACCACUGCUCCAAGUGCCCAGAGAGUUUCGCCCACCUGUUGGAGUAUAGGAAGCACAGACAGACCCACCGUAAGGAGAAACCAUACCACUGUGAUGACUGUGGCAAGAUGUUCUCCCACUUCAGAACCCUCAAGGUUCAUCGUCUGAUCCACACAGGAGAGAACCUCCACCACUGCUCCUACUGUGGGAAGGGCUUCACGAUCAGAGGGAACCUCAACACCCACCUACUGACCCACACUAAGGAGAAACCGCAUCAGUGCUCCAUCUGCGGACAACGCUUCGCAAGAUCCCAGUGCCUGAAAAAACACAAGCUCAAGAAGUUACACAUGGAAAAGGUCCUCUACCAUAUCUGCAACUGCGGUAAGAGCUUCACGGAUGUAGAGAAGCUGCAGACGCACGCAAGGACGCACUUGAAGAACCUUGAGAAGAGGUUCUGCUGCUCAUACUGCGGCCGGACGUUCGUACGGGCUGGUGACCUUCAAAGCCACCAGAGAACACACACGGGAGAGAAACCGUAUGUCUGCACUAUAUGCGGGACCCGUUUCGCCCAGUCUGGGAACCUGAGAGUGCACCAGAUCACGCACACUAAAGAGAGGCCGUACCCUUGUACUGUCUGUGAUAAGGGGUUCACCACACCGGGGAGUCUGAAGGUGCACAUGAGGCUCCAUACAGGGGAGAAGCCUUAUGUCUGUAGCCUGUGUGGGAAAGGGUUCCAUGUACCCAAAUUGCUUAAGAAACACCAGGAGCAUCACACAAGCGAGAUGACAGCCUCCUUGGACAUGACAUAGGAAAAGCCUACAAUUUGUCUGGAGGACCUUUAUUUUGGAAAACACAUGUCCUCAAUGAGACCAGUGGCCAGUACUUUAUUCACUGAGUCCUAUCCUUUCUCAAUUCAUCUUUCCUCGAUUAUCUCGCAUCCUCUCUCCUCACCUCCUCAACUAUAUUGGAGGAGAAUAUCUAAAGUCCCUCCCCUCAGACCUUCUCCUCCAAUGAGUUUUGAGAAGAAGCUGAGGUGAGAGAAUACAAGGACUCGAGGACUGAGGAAUUGAGAAAAAAAAUCCAGGUUUCAAUGGCCAAAGGAUUGCUGGUGGUUUCUCUGCUGCUCUCAUUAACACUAGCGUCGCUGGGCCUCGGGCACGUACCAGUGGAACGUCUACAUUUGAAACAGUCUAUAAAUCCAUUUAAGGACAUGGGUUUUCAAAAUAAAAGUCAUCUGAAAUUGUGCUCCAAACGUGCUUUCCAACAUCUCACUAAUCAUGACUGAAUUUGUAGUGCUUCAUUUAGUGAUACAGCCUUCAUAAAGCUUCUCUAGAUUAACUCCAUAUAUGAAGACAGUAAUGAUAUAUAAUGUGUUACAUCAUGUGUUGCCCUCUAUAGGUAGCCUAGUGGUUAGAGCCUGGUGGUUAGAGCCUGGUGGUUAGAGCCUGGUGAUUAG